AUGAUGUCACGUCACGGUCGCAACAAGUCUAAAAGUGGUGUCGGUCUAUUCAAUACGCUCUUAAAUAAAUUACCUAUAGAAUUACACCUUAAAGGUUAUAAUUACUGUGGUCCCGGCACCCGGUUAAAAGAACGUUUAGCAAGGGGCGACGUGGGGGUAAACAAACUCGACGAACUCUGCAAAUAUCACGACAUUUUUUACGAUAAACAUCAUUCGACUGCAGAAAGACAUAAAGCAGACGAAGUAUUAGAACACGGCGCUUGGGACAUUGUUAAAUCAAAGGACUCUGGAUUUAAAGAACGGGCUGCAGCAUACCUAGUUACCAACGCCAUGAAAGCAAAACGUAAAAUCGGAAUGGGUUGUGGUUUUAAAACUAUAGUUUCUGAAGCGAAAAAGGCUAUUAAGAAACAUAAAAAGACAGCCGGCAAAGAUAUUACAAAAUUAAUAAAAAUUGCGUUGACCGCUGCACGCAAAAAAACUCGUCGUGGUAGCAUUUCCCCCACACCACGUGUAAUACCAGUGCCGAAAUCCGGUGGAGCGCUUCCUCUUAUUCCUAUUUUUGCCGCUUUAUCAGCGUUAGGAUCUCUAACUGGCGGGGCGGGUAGUAUUAUACGUUCAAUCAUGGACGCGAGAGAAGCAAGCGAUAAAAAAUCUACAGUAAAACUCGGCAAAGGUUUAUACCUUAAACCUUAUAAGAACGGUGCCGGUUUAUUUUUAUCACCGCCCAAGACAAAAAACUAA